UCUGCGUUAUGUCGUCGUCCAUGUAACGGUAAUCGUUGUUUACCUCCUCUCCAUUCAUUAGUUAUUUCACUUCACCCACAACUUCGAAUUUUGUAUACAGCCAUUUUUUUAAUUUAAAAAUACCACUUCUCUGCCUUUCCACUUACGAAAAAUUGUUAAAUACAACGAAAUAUGACAACGGUCAGUGAAAAAGAAGAUCCUUUGAAACGUCGUUUGGUUCCGCGAGGUCUCCAAAAAUUAAUCGAACAAUGUCUGAAGAUCUAUCCGGAUCAAACAAAUCCCCUACAAGUCACCACCGUUUUGAAAUUUUGGCUGGGUGGUCAGGAUCCCCUCGAUUACAUUAGCAUGUAUCACAAUGCCGGCGGCUCGGAUCAGAACAUUCCACCGCACUGGCACUAUAUAAGCUUCGGGCUUUCGGAUUUGCAUGGAGAUGGAAGAGUUCAUCGAGACACUAUUGGAGGAUUAGAGCCACGAUCUGGGAUGGGUUUCGAGCUCACGUUUAGACUGGUCAAAUCCUCCGAUGAUCCAAACGAGAGACCACCGACUUGGCCGGCGAAUUUGUUGCAGUCGCUAGCGAAAUACGUUUUUCAAUCCGGUAAUCGACUGUGCGCAGGAGAUAACAUUCCUUGGCGUAGAUCACUCGAUGGCAAAACGUCACAAAUUCAACAUAUGCUUAUCGCGGAGGAUUGUCAAAUGUCCCGCACAGAAACCCCUUUCGGAUGGGUUGAUUUCUUACAGAUAGUAGGGGUAACAAACGAAGAACUUGAGCAAGCCUCUCGAUGGAAUGGUAAUGGUAUUUUGAACUUGCUUCAAAAAGAUCCUACCACUGGAGGUCCAUGGUUGAUCACAGACAUGGCCCGAUCCAAAAGUGUGUUCGAAUUAUUCCCUGAAACUCUCCGACAGUUGGAUAUUGAUCUCGAACGAGAAGGCUCUGAUCUUGCCGGUGUCAAUGCUGAUUUCACCUUCAAGGAGUUACCUAGAAUGACAAAUAUCAAAAAAGAAAUUGUUGACCCAGAAGAGGAAAUCACCCGAAGCAUUUCCUCCUGUAACAUUGAGAUCAAAAAAGAAUUUAACGAUGGUCUUGAACACUCCGGGUCAUCUGAUAUGGUGAAUCCAUUUCAUCAUUCGCAGAUACCUUCAAGAAUUUCACCCCUGAACGGAAUAGAGCUUACGCUGGCACCAUAUGCCGCCAAAUUUCUUGUUCUUGCCAUCAAGGAUCGAAUACGCCACGGUCGACAUUUUACCUUCAAGGCGCAGAAUAUGGCCGUUACAUUUGUCGCCGAAUCGGUGACAGGUUCAUUCGUUAACCGAGAAACACCGUACGGAGUGUUAGGUUACUGGGUACAGAUACUUAUACCGAAUGCGCUAAUCGAUAAGAUGCUAGAUACGUUCAGUGACUUGAACAAAAGCUCAGACAACCUGCAAAUACCGCUGACGUAUGAAUGGCCAGAGUAUAACUUGAAGUUUAUCAUCGAUAAUCCACCGCCGGAGUUGCUUAAUCAGCAAGGACCGAUUUUAGCGUGAGCACGCUUGCUGUAUCGCAUAGACUGAUAGACUGCUUCCAUUUUAAUGUUAGACGUAACUAUUAACUCACAUUUUUAUUAAGCCGAAAAAAUCACGAACUUACUGCGAAUCUUUCUAACCAGGCCGGCAAGUUUUUCUAAUCAAUUUACUAAGACAAAACUGCGCUUCCAAAUAUAUUUUUGAAAAAGUCUGAUUAUGGCUUUGAAAAUUGUUUAUCUAUAGCAAAUUUAAGCAAAGCAACAAUCAAGUAAAAACAUUAGUAUAGUUUUUUCGCCAAUUGGCUGGUAGAAAAUGCUAUUUUAACGUAUUUCAGAAUACUCAAAGUGAAGGUUUCGAUAAUCAUGCCAUCCUGAAUAACGACACAGCUCUUAGACUAGCAAUAGUUGGUUUUUAUCUACUAACUUUCUCAUAUUCUUUAGUAUUAGGUAUACAUAUUAUUUUUUACGCAUUAUUUAAUUCCAUAUGUGCCUCAUGCAAAUGCGAAUAAAUACUUUUUACAUAAAUAUGUACUGUAAUUUAUCUCUCUGACAAUCAUCUUAAUGUAUGGGGUGGCGCCCGAUACAAAUUAGGGCUGA